AUGUCUGUGAUGGGUGAACCGAGCUACGCCGGCUGGGCCGCCCAGCGAGCCUCCGGCUUCGGCGGUAACAUGACCGUUGUGGACAAGGUAUUGCCGGAUAUGUUACACAUGGUAGACGCUUAUUGGUACCAAUUUGCCCCGAUGAACCCACUAUGGCACGGCAUUUUGGGCUUCAUGAUCGGAGUUUUGGGCUUCGUCUCCAUUAUCGGAAAUGGAAUGGUGAUGUACAUCUUCUUGGGAACGAAGGCACUGAGGACGCCUUCGAAUUUGUUGGUUGUAAAUUUGGCUUUCUCGGACUUUCUUAUGAUGUCUACUAUGGCUCCUCCUAUGGUUAUUAACUGCUACUAUGAAACAUGGGUUUUGGGUCCGUUCUUUUGUGAACUGUAUGGAAUGUUUGGUUCACUAUUCGGCUGUGGAUCAAUCUGGACAAUGGUCUUCAUCGCUCUGGACAGAUACAAUGUUAUCGUUAAAGGUUUAAGUGCUCAUCCUCUCACAAAGAAGACAGCGAUGCUGAGAAUUUUGCUGAUUUGGGCUAUGUCAGUCGGUUGGACUAUCGCGCCCCUAUUCGGCUGGAACAGAUACGUCCCGGAGGGCAACAUGACCGCCUGUGGAACCGAUUACCUCAACCAGGAUCCUCUCAGCAAAUCCUAUCUCUUCGUCUACGGUUUCUUCGUUUACUUCGUGCCUCUCUUCACCAUUAUCUACUCCUACUUUUUCAUUGUACAGGCAGUGGCUGCUCAUGAAAAAUCCAUGCGAGACCAAGCUAAGAAAAUGAACGUCGCAUCAUUGAGGUCCUCCGACGCUGCCCAAACCAGCGCCGAAUGCAAACUGGCCAAGAUCGCCCUCAUGACCAUCACCUUGUGGUUCAUGGCGUGGACACCUUACUUGGUCACGAACUUCUCCGGCAUAAUGGGCAACGCUAAACUCAGCCCGCUAUCCACCAUCUGGUGCUCGCUCUUCGCGAAGGCUAACGCUGUUUACAAUCCGAUCGUAUACGGCAUUAGCCAUCCGAAAUACAGGCAAGCUCUGGAGAGGAAAUUCCCGUCUUUGGUUUGCGGAUCGGAACCGGACGACACCGUUUCCACGGCUACUGGGGCUUCCAAUGUCGCGGAAAAGGCUGAAGCCUAA